GCGUGGCCGGAAAAGGAAGUCGGUGCCGCAGCGGCCGCCCCAGCAACAGCGGCGGCCCGGGCCAAGCCCCGCCACCCGCCCGGUCCGGCUCGGCUUCGGAGGCAGCGCCGCGGGACCCCGAGCCUGCCCCGCCGAGCAGCGCCCGCCGCGCCGCCGGGCGCCCAGCACGCCGAUGGGGCCGCCGCGCCCGCCGCUCCGCGCCGCGGCCGCCCUGCUCUGGGGCGUCCUGCUCCGGCUGACAGCUGCUCAGGAAGCAAUCCUGCAUGCGUCAGGAAUUGGCACGCCUUCACCAUCUAAGGACUACUGCAUGUUCUAUAACCCUCAUUGGACAGCUCUGCCAAGAACCCUAGAAAAUGCAACUUCCAUUAGUUUGAAGAAUCUAACUUCCACACCUCUGUGCAACAUUUCUGAUAUUCCUUCUGAUGGAAUAAAGAACAAAGCAGUUGUGGUUCAGUGGGGAACCUGCCAUUUUCUUGAAAAAGCCAGAAUUGCACAAACCGGAGGUGCUGAAGCAUUGUUGGUUGCCAAUAACAGUGUCUUAUUUGCUCCCUCAGGGAACAAAUCUGAAUUUCAUGAUAUGAAAAUACUGAUUGCAUUUAUAAACAACAAAGACUUCAAAGAUAUGAAGCAGACUCUUGGAGAUAACAUUACUGUGAAAAUGUAUUCUCCGUCAUGGUCUAACUUUGACUAUACGAUGGUGGUUAUUUUUGCAAUUUCUGUGUUCACUGUGGCAUUAGGAGGAUACUGGAGUGGACUACUUGAAUUGGAAAGCAUGAAAGCAAUGGCAGACACUGAAGACAGAGACAUGAGGAGAAAGAAGGACGAAUAUUUCACUUUCAGUCCUCUAACAGUUGUAAUAUUUGUGGCCAUCUGCUGUGUUAUGAUGGUCUUACUUUAUUUCUUCUACAAAUGGUUGGUUUAUGUUAUGAUAGCAAUUUUCUGCAUAGCAUCAGCAAUGAGUCUAUACAACUGUCUUGCUGCACUAAUUCGUAAGAUACCAUAUGGACAAUGCACGAUUGUGUGUUCUGGCAAAAGCAUUGAAGUGAGACUUAUUUUUCUCUCUGGACUGUGCAUAGCAAUAGCUGCUGUUUGGGCCGUGUUUAGAAAUGAAGAUAGGUGGGCUUGGAUUUUACAGGAUAUCUUGGGGAUUGCUUUCUGCCUGAAUUUAAUUAAAACACUGAAGUUACCCAACUUCAAGUCAUGUGUGAUACUUCUAGGCCUUCUCCUCCUCUAUGAUGUGUUCUUUGUUUUCAUAACACCAUUCAUCACAAAGAACGGCGAGAGUAUCAUGGUUGAACUUGCAGCUGGACCUUUUGGAAAUAAUGAAAAGAAUGAUGGAAACUUGGUGGAAGCCACUGGUCAACCCUCAGCUCCCCAUGAGAAAUUACCAGUAGUCAUCAAAGUACCAAAGCUGGCAUAUUUCUCAGUAAUGAGUGUAUGCCCCAUGCCAGUUUCCAUAUUGGGUUUUGGAGACAUUAUUGUACCAGGCCUGUUGAUUGCAUACUGUAGAAGAUUUGAUGAGCAGACUGGUUCUUCUUCUUCUAUAUACUAUGUCUCCUCCACAAUUGCCUAUGCUGUUGGCAUGAUAAUUACCUUUGUUGUUCUGGUGCUGAUGAAAAAGGGGCAACCUGCUCUCCUCUAUUUAGUACCGUGCACACUUAUUACUGCCUCAAUUGUUGCUUGGAGACGUAAAGAAAUGAAAAAGUUCUGGAAAGGUAGCAGCUAUCAGAUGAUGGACCAGCCGGACUAUGCAACAAAUGAAGAAAACCCUGUGGCUGCUGGUGAACAGAUUAUCCAACAGUAAUAUUAUGUGGACCUGCCAUAAUGUUUCACUUGAUUUUCUGCAAAAGAGUUUUGCUUUUUGAACUGACAAUCUGAAAGAAUCUUCAAUGAUAUGCUUGCAAAUAAACAUUUUUAAGAGCUGGUACUGUCGAUUAUGUCAUAAGUAAUUAAAAUACAUUUGCUUUUAACUAUGUUAAAGUUGUGCCUUCACAUUAAAUAAAAGGAUAUGGUCUGUAUAACUUUCAAAAUGUAUUAUAUACAGUAUAUUUUUCUAAAAAAAAGUCUUGAUCCAUCCCUGUAUUUUUCUUACUGAAAUCUAUUUCUUUUCAACUCUAAUGAUAGGUAAAAGUAUUUCUGCCCAAGUGAGUUCCUGAACAGAUUUUACUGAAAAGAAUUAUGAAAAUUUUAUGCUCCACAGAAAUUUGGUAAAGAUCAUGCAAGAAGGAAGUUCCAUAAUGAAAUUCCAGAAACUGCAGAAGUUAAAAAAAUAUAAUCUGAGAAUAUUUUUAUAGCAUAAGUUUAAAAAAAAUACCAUUCCUUUUUUUAAACUUGAGAACCUGAAUUGCUUCAAAUUGCUAUGUUUUGUAUUAUAAUAUUUUUCCAAGUAUAGGGAAACAUAAUAUAUAGAACUAGUCAUUAAAAGGAUACGAAAACUGGCAUCCACAGUUUUCAGUGGUCUAUUUCCUUGAAGGUAUAGCUUAAAUUUGUACAGUAACACUCAGUUUCACUAUGGUAUUUCUGAUCUCUGAAGUUUGGUUCUGUUGAUGUUCAGGCUUAGUAUUUUGUAUAAAAUUACGUAUUAAUACCUAUGGCUCACCAUUUGAGUGUAAUAUCCCUAACCAUUCUCCCCGCCCCCGCCACUAUCUUAAUUCCUACUCCUUUCUCCAAAGGAAACCACAGCUAACCUUUUAUAUUUUGGUGGAGGAUGGUAUACUAAUAUACCAGAUGUGCUUCAGAACAAAGAAUUAGAGACGAAAGAGAGGAGACUGGAUGUUAGGGUCAAUUUAAUUGCAUUACAGAAGUGUAAGUAAAUUGUCUUAGUGCAAGACAUUGAUGUCUCAGUUUUCUCAUCUGCAAAAUGAGUAGGUUAAACCAGCAAUUUUCAACCUUUUUCAUCUCUUGGCACACAUAAACUAAUUACUAAAAUUCUGCAGCACACCAAAAAAUAUAUAUUUGCCAAUCUGACGAAAAAAUAGGUAUAAUUUUGAUUCAUUCACACUGGACAGCUAUUGUGUCGGCUGUUAUCAUUUAUUUAUUUGACAAUCUAAGGGAAAAGAGGUCAGUGCCUCUGACUAAAUAGUCAAUAUUACAUGUUUUAAAAAUUCUUGCAGCACACCAGAGUGCAGCACACUGGUUGAAAAUUGCUGGGUUAGACCAAUUAACCACUCUAGUACCUUACAACUUGGAAAAAAAACCUCUCAUUCUUUGCUUUGCUUGUGACCUUGAACAUUCUCCUGGAAGUCAGAGGUCAUAUUAUCUUUCCCUUUUUUUUUUUUUUCUAAGAAAUUUCCAAAUGACAAGUAAUUCCAAAGGCAGUGGAAUUUUGCAUUCUCUAGAAAUAAUAUACAAGAUAUAUGAGCCACUCUAUGCUCUUUCAUUCUAAGGCCAGUUCAGCUGGUUAAAAUAUAAAUAUAAUGCCUUUUAAAAUGGAUGAGAGCUUAGGUAUUUGAACUAAAUUUAGCAUUUGAGGGAAUUCGAUGCUUCUGUUUGUUAACUUUUGCUGAGUAAAUAGCAGAUAAGAGAAGCUCCCUUGACAUCCCUCUGUCCAUUUAAUACACUUAGGGAUCCUUCGGUAAAUGACAAGUGUCUGACCAGUAAGGGUUAUUCUUCAUUCUCUCUCCAUAAUAUAUCAAGUUUGAAUUUUUUCCAAAGAAUCUAAUUUAUUUGGCAGAUGCUGAUAGAACAGGUGAAGCCAUUUUAAAGGUCCAACUAUAUUUUUGUUUUUAAUAUCAAUAAAAUGUUUGCCAAAAUACAUCUUUUUUAGUAAAAUUAUCUGCAUUCUCAUCCCAGCUUUUUGAUAUUCAAAAGCCUCAACCACAUUUUAUGAAAAAUGUUAAAGAAAAUUUCAAUCUAUAAAUAUGAAAUUUUAGUUUUUUGAUACACAUUCUACUGUAUCCAACCAUUAACUAUCAAGGAGGUAAAAUUUUGUUCUAGUUUGCUAUUAAAAUCUUACUGAUUAAAUAGAAAUAAGAAAGAAACAGGGAAAUUCCUUAAGUUUCUCCAUCCUCAGUGUCAGCUUCACAUUAUACUUAAAUAAUUCUCCUACCAACCCCGCUGAAAAUAUUUAAAGAAAUUACAAUAAAGUACAAAAAUAUUUUAUUUUAGAAAUCAAAGUAAACAAAGGGUAGGGGAGAUGAGAAUUUGUCUUUAAAAGGCUCUAUUAUUUCUUCCUCUCUUGCCUUCCCAUCACCAGUUACUUUGAGAAGAUAAGUUGGUUUUUUCCUAAAUAUGUCUUAAAAACAAUAGUAUAUCCUAUAUUAUUACUUAUUGAAAAAAUUGUUACUCCUUAGAUAUUCUCUGUGAACAUUUUUGCAGCUUAUCAAACAUUAAUCACUAAAUAUCUCAAAUUGUAAUGAGUUUUUACUUCAGCAAAGAUAAUUUCGGUUUGUGAGGAAAACCUUGCUAUUUCUAACACAUUAUAUUCCAGCUUGUAUUUUCUUUUUAGAUUAGCAAUACCUUAUUAGUAAAAUCCACAAUUUAUUUCUUUUUAGAAAGAAGAAAAUAUUAACCCAUCUGCAGUUGGCUUUCAUAGAUUUUAGUUAAAGGUCCAUAGAGAUUGUGUUAAAAUGAUACAUUUAUAUUAAAUACAAAUGAGCUCUCUAGUUUUCUUUUGCUCUUUCAAUUUUUUCCUUAGGUAUAAGCAGACAUUUUUACAUUUGACUAAAAAAGUAUUUAAACUAAUUUAUUUAAGCUUGAUCUCUAAAAUUUUAGCCUGAUCUCAACCAAUGAGAUUUCAAAAACAUAGGAAUUGCAUUUCAGACUGGUGCAAUGUACUAGUUUGAAAGGCUUUAUAUUUUUCUAUUAACAAGAAAAAGAGUUGAAUUUACUCAAGAUGAUAUCAAAUAACAAAUUCUACAGUUUAAAAUUUUUAUUUUCAGUUAUAUUUUCCCCUCAGAAGUUAAUUCUAAACAGGUUGGGGUAAGAAAUGUAAAUAAAGUCAAAGUACUGAAUAUAAAUGACUUUAUGCUUCCUGAAAGAAAGAUAUUCUGUAAAUUCAAAAGAUCUGAAUCAAAUUACAUACUCAACUUUUUGGAAUUUGAAAGAAAUUGUGUAAUACUCAUGAUUUGGAUUACUGAGUUUUCAGAGUAAACAAAAUGAGAUUGAUACAGUAAUAUACAGGCCAUAUUAUAGUGAAGGCCAUAUAUGUGAACUUCCUUGUUUAACAUUUCUGUACUUCAGAACAGCCUUUGUGUCUAUGAAAAUGAUCAUGGAGGAAAAUGAUUUCUUAAAACUAAAAUUUUAGAAUAGUCCUGUAAUAAUGGCAAUUAAAUGGAAACUGAAAGGAAACUGUAGAAUACUUAAUGUCAUAUGUUUCUUUAAUUGGGCAUAGAGUGUUGU